GCACGCACUAUGGCAAAUGAAGUGCAAGAUCUGCUCUCCCCUCGGAAAGGGGGACAUCCUCCUGCAGUAAAAGCUGGAGGAAUGAGAAUUUCCAAAAAACAAGAAAUUGGCAUCUUGGAGAGACAUACCAAAAAAACAGGAUUCGAGAAAACAAGUGCCAUUGCAAAUGUUGCCAAAAUACAGACACUGGAUGCCCUGAAUGACGCACUGGAGAAGAGUUUCACUCUUUUUGCCCAGGCUGGAGUGCAAUGGCGUGAUCUUGGCUCACUGCAACCUCCACCUCCAGGGUUCAAGUGGUUCUCCUGCCUCAGCCUCCCAAGUAGCUGGGAUUACACCUCAACCAUAAAUGUCCAGCAACAGUGCACAUGGCUCAUCAAAAACCCGCACCUGCUCUGGAAAAGGUUGUUCCACUGAAAAGGGUCUACAUUAUUCAACAGCCUCGAAAAUGUUAAGCCUGGAUUUAAAACACAGCCGUCUGGCCAGCUGCCUCGAAUGUCUGACAGCUUAGCAAAAAGGGCCAAAGCUUUCCAUAGGCGUGCUGUACUUGCUUGGUAAAUUAAACAGCUUUUGUAUCUUCCCCUUUGACUUUAGGUAAUAAAGCAUCCAAACUUGUAAAUCUGACACA